CCGCCCUCCACCCCGGGGCGUUGCCGUGACCGCGCCUCCGUCGCCCGCGCGGAGCCAGAUGCCGCGCUCUCCGCCGGUCCCUCCCCUGGCGGCCUGGCGCCUCCUUCCCUCCCCGCCGCGGUGACUCACGGAGAGGGAGGCGGAGGCUGAGGCGGCCGCUCCCGCUGCUGCCGCUGCCGCUGCUGCCGUUGCGGCUGCUCUGGCUGUGCGCGUCCCGGAACAGGCCGCCGCGCGCCGCUCUCGGACCCGCAGCCCCCGCCCGCCUGGCCGGGUCGGGCGGCCCAGGGCGGCAUCUUCCUAUUUCUCCCCGGCCACGGCCCACCUGUCAUAGUUGAGCAUCUGGUUGCCUCAAGUUGAUUUCCAGAAGCAGCAGUCCCCAGAGCUGGCCAGGGGAUGAACCGCGAGGGGGCCCCCGGGAAGAGUCCGGAGGAGAUGUACAUUCAGCAGAAGGUCCGAGUGCUGCUCAUGCUGAGGAAGAUGGGCUCCAACCUGACGGCUAACGAGGAGGAGUUCCUUCGCACCUACGCGGGGGUGGUCAACAGCCAGCUCAGCCAGCUGCCCCAGCACUCCAUCGACCAGGGUGCGGAGGACGUAGUGAUGGCGUUUUCCAGGUCGGAGACGGAGGACCGGAGGCAGUAGCUGCAACCCCCGUGGAACACCCUGGAAGCUGGCCAAGGCCAGGAGAUCUGUGUGGACCUCACCGCUGAGUGGCAGAGGGUCAUCUCCCCUCCCCCUGGUCCCCCACCCCACCCCACCCCACCCCGCCCCGCCCCACGGCCACUCAGCAUCCUCGGGGGAGACACCAGCGGUGCGGUCACGAUUGGCUUAAAGGGACGGACUCAUGAUUGGCUGCAGGAAGAAACCUUUUUAUUUUUAAAUCUUGACCAAUGGAAACCUUUUUAUUUUUAUUUUCUGACUCUUAUUUUAAAAAAAGAAAAAAAAUUUGCGCCUCGGGUGUAUGGCUUCCCAGGAAGCUCUCCGAGCUCUGGUGCUUUAUUUGGGUCACUCUUUAGGAACAUGAGGAGGUCCGAUUGGCGGCUUAAACUGGAAAAGGAUUUGAUUGGCUGGCUAAUGGGAACCUUUUUUUUUUCUUUGAUUGGCUGCAGGUGUUAUGCUGAUCGCAACAGCUCCUCUCUUUUGAAUGUCGAAAACAGGGUUUGGGACAUUGGUUGUUAUAUUUGACUUGAAAAAAAGAAAGAAAGAAACCAA